GCAGGCAGUGGGAUGGGGAGGGGAGAGUGGGGAGGUCCUGGACAGAAGGGACACAGGGCAGGGCGUGGGUUCCCUGUUGUCAGUGCCAGGUGAACUAUGGUGAUCCAGCCAUCUCUGCUGCUCCUUUUGCUGUUGACCCUACGGGAUGGGGACAGCUGUCAGGGCCCAGAACUGGAGCGGGAACUUGUCCUGGCCAAGGUGAAGGCUCUGAUCCUAGAUGCCUUGGGCCCCCCAGCAAUGACUGGGGAAGGUGGGAACCCUGAAAUAAGGCGGCUGCCACGAAGACACGCCCUUGGGAGCCUCGAGCACAGGACCUCUGAACCAGAGGAGGAGGAUGUCUCUCAGGUCAUUCUCUUUCCAGCCACAGGUGCCACCUGUGAGGACCAGCCAGCUGCUGGAGAGUUUGCCCGGGAGGCUGGAGAAGGUCUCUUCACUUAUGUAUUCCGGCCAUCCCAACACGUGCGCAGCCACCAGGUGACUUCAGCCCAGCUCUGGUUCCACACCGGGCUAGACAGGAAGAACACAGUGGCCUCCAACAGUUCCGGGACCCUGGUAGACCUGCUGGUGCUGUCACCUGGGGGGCCCAUGGCUGUGCCUGUGUCCUUGGGACAGAGUCCUCCUCGCUGGGCAGUACUGCACCUGGCAGCCUCCGCUCUCCCUCUGCUGACCCAUCCUGUCCUAGCAUUGAUGCUUCGAUGCCCUCUCUGUUCUUGCUCAGCCCGGCCAGAGACCACGCCUUUCCUGGUGGCUCACACCCUAGCUAGAUCACCCGGAUCACCCGGCGCGGGGGAGAGGGCCCGACGUUCAACCCCCUCGAUGCCUCGGCCUUGGUCUCCUGCCGCUUUGCAGCUGCUGCAGAGGCCUUCAGAGGAAGCCGCUGCCCAUGCCUAUUGCCAUCGAUCUGCACUCAACAUCUCCUUCCAGGAGCUGGGCUGGGACCGCUGGAUCGUGCAUCCUCCCAGUUUCAUCUUCCACUACUGCCAUGGUAGCUGUGGGGUGCCCACAUCUGACCUGCCCCUGCCAGCCCCUGGGGUUCCCCCUACCUCUGCUCAGCCCCUGUUUUUGGUGCCAGGGGCCAAGCCCUGUUGUGCUGCUCUACCAGGGAGCAUGAGGUCCCUACGUGUCCGAACCACCUCAGAUGGAGGUUACUCUUUCAAGUAUGAGAUGGUACCCAACCUUAUUACACAACACUGUGCUUGUAUGUAAAAGCAUCUUGUUUCCUCACUCCACUGCCAAUAGCCACCAGCGUCCCACCAUCAUCAGCUAGGAGGAAAGCGGGGUGUGGAAAAUAGGAAGUUUCCACAUCCUCUUCCCUGCAUGUUUCCAUCUGAGGGCUCCAUACCCUAUUCCACCCCAAUCCCCUGGGUAACAAUAAAGAAGUGUGUGUGUGUGACUUUGCAUGCA